GAAGAAGAAGAAGAGGAGGAGGAGGAGAAGGAGAAGGAGAAGAAGAAAGAAGAAGAAGAAGAAGAAGAAGAAGAAGAAGAAGAAGAAGAAGAAGAAGAAGAAAGAGAGAGAGAGAGAGUAGUCUCCAUGCUCCUCUACAGCCGGGAAGACAAAGCGAGGGCGAAUUAG